UCUUUUGCAUGUGAUUAAAUUGUUUUUUCAAAACAUAAGCGCUAUAGUAGUUGUUGUGUAUAAUUGAAGAAAUAAAAGUUUUAAAAAUUAAGUUUAAUAAAAAGAAUGACUGCUCCUUUAAGUUUAAACGAAGAACAAAUGCUGGCCGAGAUUGUGAAAAUGUAUCCCGUCUUGUACGAUAAACAAGUAAAAGGAUACAAGGAAAAAGAUGUUGUUACAAACGUAUGGGAAGACGUUGCGAAAGCUUUGAAUUUCGUAGAAAAUGGUACUAAGGCACAAUCACUCUUCAUAAAUCUGAAAAAAAAGUAUCAGAGAAAAAAGCGAGAACUAAAGGAAAGCCAGUCAGGCCCGUCCGAAGCUGUCGCCAGGGCUGAAAAAGCUUUGCGCCCCUACGAAUUUUUAAAUUGGCUCGACGAUUUUUUUCUCACACGGCAAGGUAGAAGAACUAUGGAUGCUGAAGAAAGUGACGGAGAAAGUUAUGCAUGCUGGGAGAAUUGCAAUGCAGCGUAUAUGCCACGUGAAAUACACAAACAGGAACCAGACGAUGUUUCAUCCAGCGAUGAUUCUCACAAAAUUAGCAAAACCUUUAAAAAAGUUCAAAAGAGAAAAAGAGCAGAAGUAUUUCAUACAGAUGGCAAUGAGGUUUUGAUAAUGAAUGACUUUCAUAAAAAGCGCGCGAAAAAUUUUUUGGAAGAAAACAAGGAAGAUUUAUUUUGCAGGUCCUUAGCGGCUGAUUUAAAAGAUCUGCCGCCUUAUGAAAGGUGUAUUGCAAAGAACGAAAUAAGCAAUGUCGUUUUCAAAUACCAAAUGGCAUUUAUGAGCACACAACACUCGACGCGUAACGCGCGCUUUGAAGUUUCACAUUUAAACACUAAUCGAUCAAGAAGCAUGGUCUCAUCUCCAUUCAAUUCCGAUUCCGUGAACAAUUGAUAUGUUCAGCCGUUCUUCGUCUUUCGGACAGUUCCAUAAACUGUGGUUUACCAGUUCGUAUGUUUUUAAAAAGGUAUUAUUUACAGUAACGCGACAUCCUUUUUACCAGUAAUUGUCUUUACAGCUAGUCUUCCGAAAGAAGGGUGCUUUAAAA